AGUGUAUUAGAUGCCAAAGAGCAAGACAUCAACAACCCGAAAUGGAAAGAGGCUGAGGAUGUGCUGGCGGACUUUAAUUCACUGGCCGGCCAUUUCAAAGACCUGGAAAACAGUGAGAUGGACGAAAUGGAGACUACGCUGAAGCGUGUGAGCUCCGUUAUGAGUCAAACCACCGACUACGCAUCCGAGUCCAGCCACGAAGUCGAUCCACCAACAGCACGUGUUCUGACGGGAAAGCUAAAGCCCAAAGGACCGCUGGGACGAAUGAAGAUGUAUGAUGAAAGGGGUCAGGCUCCGAAUAGUGCCCCAGUGAGGCGAGAAAAGAACGUUUUCGACUUUAAUGAUAUUCUAUCCGUCCUCUAGUUCUUUGUAAUGUAGGCGAUAUGCUCGACUUUAUUGAUCUCCUUUCAGGCCUGUUGUCUCGUUUAACGGAUAAUGUACGGUUUGAUUGUAACGGAAUCCUGAAAGCUUUCAAUCACUUUGCUAAAUGGGUAUGAGUGGGCGAAUGAGGUUGUGCUCGCUGAGCGAGUCAAUUCACUAUUCUCUUUGCUUAUGAUAGGCGUAGAGCAGUCAGUAUGGCAUAGAGCAGUCAGUAUAAACAGCCCAGCGUCACCGUAUCCGCUGUAAAAGUAAGCUUGCAAUGGCGACAGAUGAAUGAAGUUAAAAACUAGCUAUCUUGCAAGUUGCAAGUGCUAUAUAUGGGCAUUUUAUUUACUUUUUUAUUUUUUACUCGGUUAUGAUUACAGCUGUGCGUACAGGGAAAGAGGGUCCAUACUCA